CGGAAACUUCCGUUUCCCACUGAAAUGAGUGAAAUGUAAGGAGUUUGUAUCUGUUUGUAUCCCCUGCCGCCAGCGGUACAAUUAAUUACUGUGUGUCGUGUGAACGAACGAAUUAUUGCCGCGGAGGAGUAUCGCGAUGUCGAUGAUAUGAAAUGACGUGCACAAUCAAUGUGAUCGAGUAGCACGACGAGAAGACGAUGAUCUCGGCGUGCAGUUUCUCACGUCGAUUUCAAGUGGAUGUAUAUACAUGCGCGCUCUGAUCUGGAUCAGGUUAGAUUCACGAGGACAACUUGCGGUCCAGGCUUACACAGUUUAUACCUAGUCUCCUUUUAAAAAUUCCUGCGAAAUAGAAUUAUGUCGUUUCGAUUGGAGAGAAAGAAAGCGGAAACCGAUAGGGUGAACAACAUGGACAUCACAUCGGACUUUGCUUGCCUCAAGGUGUCCGUAUUGGAGAAGGUGUCGCGUAUAUCGGCGACCACAAAGAUGGAUCGCAUCACGAUCGGGCCCAAAUCGGCGCCGUACGAGGAGGAUUUCGACAAGAUGGACAAUAUCGAGAACGAGCAGAAUUCCUGCAAUGUUAAAAGUCCACAGAGAACUGUUACCAGCCCAAAGAACAACACAGUUUCCACUCUAAACGGCAUCCAUUUCUCGAUCAAGAAGAUUCUGCUGGAGAGCGAGCUGCAAAGAAAAGAAGAAGUCAGGAAAGAAAUGGAUCGUCGUAUUCAGCGUAUGAAGGAGAACGGUCGUGCCAUUCAGGAGCAAAUGGCAAACUCGCGCUCGACGAUGGCACGUGAACGCGAACGUCGGAGCGAGGAAAAGCUGGCGUACUUGCUGGCCGAGGAGGAGCGAAUCGCGGAGCAGGACGAGAUAAAGAGGCGGCACGAGCAACAAUUGCAUGCGCAGCGCAUUCAGGAGCAGAAGGAGAAGCUCGAACAGGAGAUGGAGGAAUAUCGGAGGCGGAUGAAAGAAAAGGAAGAGCUGACGAAGGCUGUGCUGAUCCAUCGAGGCCAAUUCACGGCCAAGUACUGUGAACUCAUGGCAUUGUCCAAAAUCUGCAAGGAUCAGGAAGCGUUCCAUGUAAUCUUCACGGCGCAUACCGCGAGGAUAAGAGAUCUGAUCCAACGAAUCGAAGCUUUGGACGAGAAAAUCAGAAAUGAAGAAUUGCUAGCUACGGAUGUGAACCUUAGUGAAACUUUGGUUUACCACUUUGACGAUAUAUUGAAUGUAUUUCGUACAGAAAUAGAAAAAAUAAACGCUCAGUAUGAAGAGGAAUUGACGCGCAAAGCGCAAGUUGCAAGCGAGGUACAGCCAGUCGAAGAGACAGACAAUGUUCCAGUUGGUGAUGUAAUUCCUUCUCAACAACCGGAUGAAAACAAUACUGUGGAGAACAGACAAGAUCAAAAUUCUGGUGUAAUAAGCAAUAGCAGGAAUUCUGAUCAAGAAAUAUUAGUUGUACCGGUUAACGAAUCAGUGGCACCGUCUAUAUCUAAUGCUAAACCGGAAGAUACGGCUGAAGAUUCCGCAUGCAAAGAGAGAGAUCGUUUCGGGUAUGUCAAUCAGGAAUCAUUGCAGAUGUACGUUAGGAGCCAACAAUUCUUGGAGCUUUACAGAAAUACUUGCAAGAACUUUUUACAAUCGGCUGCUACGAAGAAAUUCCGCUUCGAGUGUCAGAAGGCGAUUAAUAUCCCUGUAAAUGCGAUUUCCGGUGUAAGCGAGCAACAUUUGAGAGACAAAUACGACAGGCUGCAGAAUCUUUUGAUCGGAAAAUUGCCGCCCUACGUGACGCAGCACCCGCAAGGAGUGAUCUUCUGCAAGAAUCAUCUGGCGAAAAAGAUAGUCAGCCAAGGCGAAACAUUGGUGUCUAGCAAGCCGGAAAUGGCAUUCCCGGUGGCGAUGAUUGUCGUGGCUCUCUGGAACGAGCAUCCAGAUUUUGGUGAAUUGUUUCUGGCGCAUCUUCACGAGGCGUGCCCGUUCACCGUGCCAAUUUUUCUACAGCAGCAAGAGGGCCAGUCCAAUGAGGAUUAUUAUAAGUCUCUUGGAUGUAAAUAUUCCGAAGACGGCGCUGUCGAAAAGCAGGACAAGUUCCUAAAGAGAAUGUCGGGAUUAAUGAGAUUGUACGCGUCGAUCACCGUUACGAGACAGCGGAAGGGUGUCACUAAAAUUCAUCCCCACGGCCUUCAGAAUGCCUGGAGAUGGCUGACUGCUGUUUUAAAUAUCGAACCACGAGCCGAUAUUUCUGAUUUAUGCGCGACUUUGUUAUUGGACGUGCUCGAGGUCGCCGGUAACGUGCUGUGGACCGCCUAUCCGAAGCAGUUCUAUAAAUUGCUGGCGCUGCUGAUGGAGCAAUAUUAUCCGCGUAUGCGUAAUGUCGCGGGCGGCGGUGGUGGGCCUCUAGUACGACUGGAGGAGUUUCUCAACAAUGCCCUGUCGAAUCGCACUAUACGUCUCGCUAAUGGAAUGCUUCCGCCGAAUUUUUUGUGAUCUUCCAUGAGAUCAUCUGGACGACGUAGUGACCUACACGUAAGCUGGGACUUAUCGCGAGUCUAGCGAUGGGCUGAGAAACAUUUGAAAGUUUGUUUCGUGAUGGAAGUUUUGAUCAUAUGUAACGGAAGUUUUUCAAAUUGUUUCGAGCAUUACUUGAAACAAGAUGAUUUUACACGCCUUCUCGACGAAAGGAAAAUGUAAUUUUCAGGAAAAAUUUUAAUUUCGAAAAUUCAAAUUUAAAAUCCAAAGUUUGAAAGUCACAAAACGUCAGUAUUUUUCUAAAAAUCGUGAGAAAGAAUGUCAAGAAUUUCGUAUUUGUUAAAAUUUAUUAUCAAAUGGAUUAAAAUUUGUGAGAAAUCUUAACUUCAAGUAAUGAAUUGAAACAAUCCUAAAAUUUAGUUCCAAAACAGAAUUACUUGAAAAGUAAAAGCAAAAAUUGAAUGCCCAUCGAAAUGUAAGUCUCAUGGAAUUAUUAUUAUUACUUAUAGUUCUUUUAGAUGACUUAUACAAUUUACAAAGCG